AUGGCCUUAUUGCGAAGUCUGGAUCGCUCUCCGUUGAGAGCCAUUGUGUACCUACUUCUUGUGGGGACGUUGUGCGACAGAAUCGAUGGGAGUGAAAUGACCGACACGUACGUCGAUGUUAUAAAGCACAGCAUCAGAGAGUGGCGGCCCCAGUGCGAAGAUUUCUAUGGCUUCGCGUGUGUCCAUGAGGACCCCGGCUUCUCGAAAGUCACUUCUUACCGCUCGAGACUCAUGAGAUACCUUGACACUAUGGCGAUCGAAUUGCUCGAACGUCUCUUCGUCAGCUAUCAGGACAGAUUUCAAACGGCGAAAGUUCGAGACUCUGAAGUUCAAAUGUUCAAAUUCUACCAGAGUUGCAAAGGACGACAUGAGGAGGACCGGCGUCGGAAAAGUGUGAAGACUAUCAAGGAUCUCCUGGGAGACAUCGGAAUUCCCCUCGGUACACCCCAUGAAUCGCAGAGCUCAACAGCCUUCUCCGCCUUGGUCCAACUCUCGUUAAUCUGGGGCGUAGAGACCCCGCUCCUGAACUUCGAGGUCAAACCGGGCUUACCGAACAACCCGGAGCGGAUCGUGAUUCAAGGAGCGAAAGCUGCUAGGACACUGCGACGUCCGAGAUUGUUUGCCGCCGGCGCGUCUCCUUUCGACGAUAUUCGGGAAGAGAUGAGGCUCCUGCGCGAAGAUCUCCUCAGAAUCGUCGGAACACUGCAGACCGAUGAGGCCGAGAGACUUCUGUUCGUUACGAAAAACUUGGCUCCGAUCUUCGAGCUGUUUCCUUUCGAUGCGCCGUCCCGGGCCGCGAGUCAUUUCGCGGCGGUCGAUACUUUUCUCCGCGAGGUUAACUCGAACCCUACUUCCUUCAGAAAUCUGAAUUCGUCGUACGUCGGGAGCUUCGAGUCUCUCGAGAGAGAUCACAAACUCGAUUGGUCCGCAGCGCUGAACUUCAAUCUGCGAUUCUUGCUCCAAAUUACACCCGAAUCGCUUGUUGAAGUCCAGAACCUCGGCUACGCGAUGGCUUUCGCGGAAUUCACUUUGGAUCCGCGGUUCCAUGACCUUUUCACAGACUACCUCACUAUCUGGACAAUCCUACACCUCGGGGCAUACGCCGGGGGAUCCUUAGAGGACGCAGCAUGCAGGAUCAACGGCGGCCCCGACUGCGAGAAGCGCGAGGACGAAAACCUUCACUGCAUCUAUGAGACCAGGAUGUUCCUGCCUCACUCAUAUGAUGCUCUCAUCGCGCGUCACCUGAUCACACCUAGAGCUCGGGACGCUAUUCUUCAAAAUGUUGCCCUGCAGCAGGCACUCAUCGCCCAGCUGAUCGUGCGCUCCAACUGGUUGCCCUCCUCGAGUAAGGCGUUGAUGAUCCGGAAGCUAGCCGCAAUGAUGUCAUAUGUUGGCCAUCCGGCUCACUUGGACGACUUGAAGGGAUACGAGCAUCGCGUGGUGCCACGGAGAAUUUUCCUUCUGAACAUCAUGCAUUUCUGGAAGGCUUCGGCAGAGUACCGCCUGACCGCCUUCUAUCGGAAAUACACGCGGAGCGGGAAGAUCUGGAGUAUUUUGACACCACCUCGGAUGCACUUCCCUGAACCCAUUUACGAUCCCGGGCUGAAUGCUAUCGUGAUCCCGAGCAUGUUCGCACUGUUUCCGUACUAUGUCGAGUUGGACGACGCUGUACCGGGAGUGUUUGACUUCGCAUCGAUGGGUCUGGGCAUCGGCAAAGCCCUGGCGCGGGCUUUCGACACGGAGAACGGAGCCGUCAAUGCAUGGGGCGGAGACGACACCGGAGCGCUCUCGUGGCAUUCGAACAUCGUUCUCCCAAUUCGGCAGAGGAUGAGCUGUUUCGAGAAAAGCUUCACCAAGAAACUCACAGUAGGGGGCAAGCAACUCUCUCAUACCGACUUGCAGAGUCGGGACGAGCUCCAAGCCGACGCAAUAGCCUUCGAAUUACUGUAUCAUGGUCGAAUUCAUUGGAGGAGCAUGAAUCACCCAGAGAAGGCCGUGUAUGCAGAGCUCGCGAAAAAGCUCAAUUACACGGACAGCCAGAUGCUUUACAUCGCGGCUACACUCCCGUCCUGCAUGCGACGCAGCACCAGCUCCGUUCUGGAGGCUGUAAGAGCCGGAGAGCCAGUUCAAGCGCUUCGGUUCGAGGGCUUCCUCUCCGUCAAUCGAGACUUCGCAUCGUCUUUCGGUUGCCGGGCAGAGAGACCCACGUGUUCCUUUUUCACCAGUUACGAAUGA